ACCGCACCUCCUACUCCUGCUCCUCCUCCUGGUCCUGGUUCUCCUCUCCAGUGAUGAAACUCCAGUUCCGGUCUUAAAUCGUCAGAAGACGCGGGUCACCUCCCGCUCCCGUCUCGUGUUCAACUUAUUUUUUAUUUUUUAAGAGAAAUGAGACUGAGCGCGUUUAAAAUGGAGACCAACGAUCUUCAUCAUCAUCAUCAUCAUCAUCAGGACUGGAUGAACAGCAGCUGCAGCAGCAGCGCGGGUCACUGUGGAGCAGAGGCCGAGUUUUACGCCGCAGCGGGAAACAUGAGCAGCUACAUGAGCGCGCAUGGCGUGACCGGCACCGGCAACAUGAACGCGCCUUACCUGAACCCGGUCGGGAUCGGGAUGAGACCCGGUCCACAGGCGCGGGAACUGAGCUCCGUCAGCCCGCCUCCGUACGCAGCGAUGUCGGUGAUGAGUCCGGGGUUCGGGUCGCAAUCCUGCAGCAGCGGCAGCACCGUCACGUGCCAGGAGCACAAACCGUUCCACCGGCGGAGCCGCGCGCACGCGAAGCCUCCGUACUCGUACAUCUCUCUGAUCAGCACCGCGAUCCGACAGUCCGGCACCAGGAUGCUGACGCUGAGCGACAUCUACCGGUGGAUCAUGGACCUGUUCCCGUUCUACCGGCAGAACCAGCAGCGCUGGCAGAACUCCGUCCGACACUCGCUCUCCUUCAACGACUGCUUCAUCAAAGUGCCGCGGACCCGGGACAAACCCGGGAAGGGCUCCUUCUGGACCCUGCACCCGGACUCCGGGGACAUGUUCGAGAACGGAUGCUUCCUGCGGAGACAGAAGAGGUUCAGGAGCCACGAGGAGACCACGGUGAAGACCACGGUGAAGACCAUGAAGAAGAAGAAGAAGAAGGAGGAGGAGGAGGAACCGGGAUCCAGCUCCGGUUCACUUUCUCCUCACUCUUCUUCUUCCUCCUCCUCCUCCUCUUCUCCUUCAUCCUCAGAGGUCAAAGUGCACCACUGUGACCUGCUGACCUCCAGCCACAUGCGCGUGCCCUACCCGCCCCAGCGCCUCCCACCUCCUCCUCCUCCUCCUCCCUCCUUCUUCUCCUCCUUCAACCACCGCUUCUCCAUUAACAACCUCAUGUCUGAGCCUCCGCUGCUGCUGCUGCCAAACCCGGGACCGGGAUCGGGACUGGACCCGGUUCCCUCCACCGAUAACAGCAGCGGCUACUACUACCACCACCAGAACCAGAACCAGAACCUGAGCUCCAUUACAGGAAACAGGACUGAGUUUCUGGAGUAAAAACUUUUUCUGCUGAUG